GUACAACCCAAACAUGACCCCAGCUCCCCGAUUACGGUCAAAAGGCCUGACAAAUCAUUAUGUUGUUUUGAGACUCCCACAGCCACCUCACGAUGAACCUCUGAGUGCAGCCACGAUCAAACAAGCAUACCACGCCGCCCUCCUCCGCGCACACCCUGACAAGAAAUCCCUCGCCUCAGCCCCCGAAGACGACGGCGUAACGAUCGACCAAGUCAUCACCGCCUACGAAACGCUCUCUUCCUCCUCCCUCCGCUCCGAAUACGACGAAUCCUUGCUCUCCGCCAACAACCCCACCGGCAGCGGUGGCACACCCAAAUACCAUGCCGUAAUCGAUCUGGAUGAUAUGACAUACAACGAGGAGACUGGGUCGUGGUUCUAUGUGUGCCGGUGUGGAGAGGAUGAUGGGCAGGGGUACACGAUUACGGAGGAGGAUUUGGAAGAGGGGAGGGAUGUUGUUGGGUGUGCGGGGUGUAGUUUGUGGGUUCGGGUGGCGUAUGAGAUUGUUGAGGAUUGAGGUUGAAGGUGGCAAUGAUGAUCAGAGAAGAAAAGGUUCGUGGUGCGCCCUUUUGGCGGCAUGCCAAGCAACCCGCAGCGUUGAACUUCCUUGGAGAAGGUUGGUGGAUGCGUCCUACAUUCGAGCUUUGGGCCGACCAUGCAGAGACCUGAAGUUCGCAAGCCAGCCCGCUUCUUC